AUGGAAUUUAGCGGAAUAAUUGCUAAUAGAAAAUUGGAUGAAUGGAAAAUCAAUCGCGAAUUCUUCAUAAAAAUGGCAAUGUCAAAAAAAUUUUUAAAAAUGCUUACCGAAAAAACACAUGAAAAGGCUACAGAUACGUUUAAAUUAUGGGAUAUUAUGAUAAAUGACAAACGAGAUGUUGAUUUGUCUAAAUGGCUAGAAAAGUUUGCUGGGGAUAUAGCGUUUGAAGACUUUUUAGGAGAACUAAUUAAGAGAAGACGUGCAGAAAUCAAUUCAUUAUCCAAUUCUACUUUACUACCUUCCGAUUUUUUAACAUUGCUCCUUACUGCCAACACAUCACGGGAUCUAGAACAUACUUCAUUUAAGUCAUUAAACCGACCAUUAAAUGAUUAUGAAAUUUUGGUACUUUCUGAAAUCAACGAGAUAUUCGGACAGAAAAUAUCUUUAAAUUCUCUUUACGAAGAUACAGAAAAACUAUUAUAUUGUGACGCCUUAAUUAAAGAAGCACUUCGCUUAAUCGCUCCAUUUCCAUAUCUGCAACGAUCGAAUUCUGAACCUGUUGAAGUUGGUGGAUAUCUAUGGAAAGAAGAACAAACAUUUUUUUUACAAUACCAGAAAAUAAAUAUUAAUAAAAAUGAUUGGAUUGAUGCUGAAAUCUUUGAUCCCGAGAGGUUCUUAAAGAAUGAAAAUAAUAAGAGAUCAAUGAAUGCUAAAGAAGCUAAUAAUAAAAGGGCAUUUGCAACAUUUGGGGGAGGUGCCAGAAUUUGUCCGGUUUGUAAUUUAUACAAUUUAUGA